CGCCCUCCCCCCCCCGCAUUGUGUGAGCCCGGGCGGCGCCUGCGCAGCGCCGUGCCCGCUCUGCCCGUUAGCCGCUAUGUGCAGGGAAUAACGUUGCCGCGGUUGCCGGAGGAACGCGGAACGGAACGUCCCGCCCCGCCCUGCGGGGCCGCCGGUUCAACGAGCACCCGGCGCCACUACCACCAGCAGCGGGUCGACCCCGUGGCGCGGAGAGCCUCCUCGGAGGGGAUGACGUAGCUUUGCCAAGGAUUUAUCAGCUAAGCAGAAAAUGAGCUUAACAUCCUGGUUUUUGGUGAGCAGUGGAGGCACCCGCCAUCGGCUGCCACGGGAAAUGAUUUUUGUUGGAAGAGAUGACUGUGAGCUGAUGUUACAGUCACGAAGUGUGGACAAGCAACACGCUGUACUUAACUAUGAACCUUCUACAGAUGAACACUUAGUGAAGGAUUUAGGUAGCUUGAACGGGACAUUUGUAAACGAUGUGAGGAUUCCAGAACAGACAUACAUCACUCUGAAAUUAGAAGAUAAACUGAGAUUUGGAUAUGAUACUAAUCUUUUUACUGUUGUCAGAGGAGAGAUGAGAGUCCCUGAAGAAGCUCUUAAGCAUGAAAAAUUUACAAGCCAACUCCAGUUAUCCCAGAAAUCUUCAGAGGCAGAAGGGUCAAAGCAAACCAUCUCCAAAAGCUCAGAGUCCAAAGAGACAGAGUCCACAGCUGAAGUGCACCACAAGACUACUGAAGCACUGAAAUCUGAAGAGAAAUCCAUAGAUCUUUCUACCAUGCCUCGUGGUACACCUUUAUAUGGACAGCCAGCCUGGUGGGGUGAGGAUGAAGCUGAUGAAAAAGGUGGUUGUAAACCAGAUAGCAAAGGUGAAGAAAAAAUGCAUGAGACGGCAGCUUCAGGAUGCAGCACAGAUGCCAAGCAAGCUGAGGAGCAAUCUGCAGCUGCAAGUGAAGAACUUUAUCCUUUCUGUAGGGAGCCAAGUUAUUUUGAAAUUCCUACAAAAGAAUUCCAGCAAACUUCACAGGUAGCAGAGAGCGCUAUUCAUGAAAUUCCAACAAAAGACACCCAAAGUUCCCAUGCAGCAAGCGCAGGACAUGCUUCCUUUACCAUUGAGUUUGAUGACAACACACCAGGGAAAGUAACAAUCAAAGAUCACGUGACAAAAUUCACGUCUGAGCAGCGCCACAAGUCAAAGAAGCCUUCUUCCUCCAGUGGUCAGGACCUGCCUGGGCUUCAGACUGUGAUGAUGGCCGCAGAGAGCAAGGUAGCAGAUUGGCUAGCGCAGAACAAUCCUCCUAGAAUGAUCUGGGAGCCACCAGAGGAGGAUUCCAAAAGUAUUAAGAGUGACGUUCCAGUCUACUUGAAGAGACUGAAAGGGAAUAAGCAUGAUGAUGGUACACAAAGUGAUUCAGAAAAUGCCGGUGCCCACAGGCAUUACAGUAAGCGAGCAGCACUUGAAGAACACUUGAGGCACCACCAUGCAGAGUUGAAAAAGUCGCACCAGAAAGUUCAUUCCACAGAAAAGCAGCAAGAGCAAGCUGGUGUGAAUCAGACUGCUUUUAUGAUUGAGUUUUUUGAUGAGGACCAUCCUCGAAAGAGGCGUUCUUACUCUUUUUCUCAGAAUGUAGGAGCUCUGUGCUCAGAAUCCCCAUCUCCAACACCUCACGUGCGAGCUGAAAGAGCAAAACCUACAUCAGGAGAGAAAGCUGCCCCUUCGUGUGUGCAAGGUAGUUCAUCACAUCAUAGAGCAGCACACAGUGUUCAUGCAAAACUUUUAAAACAAAGAUCAGAAGAUCCCUCUGCUGCUUUACCUGUCUUUCAAGCUGCGUUGUUAAGGAGUUCAGGAAGCCUUGGCCAUAGGCCUAGUCAGAACCAGGAGAUGGACAAAAAGUUGAAAAGCCAACAUAUUUCUGCUGCUACUGAGAAGGACAAUGAGGAUGAUCAGAGUGACAAAGGUACUUACACUAUUGAGUUGGAAAAUCCCAAUUCUGAAGAAAUGGAAGCCCGUAAAAUGAUUGACAAGGUAUUUGGAGUGGAUGACAGCCAGGAUUAUAAUAGGCCUGUUAUCAACGAGAACCAGAAAGAUUUAGUAAAAGAUUGGGCUAUAAAUUCUACUACAGUAGUGCUGGAAGAAAAAAGACCACAGAGUACAACUGGAUUUCUUGACACAGAGGAAGGUUCUACUGCACCUGGAAGUAAACGUUGGGUAUCACAGUGGGCUAGUUUGGCUGCCAAUCACACACGUCAUGACCCAGAUGAUAUCAGAUUGGAGUCACCUGUUCCUGCUGCUUUAGAGAACGACACAGAUAUCAGUGAAUCUGGUAUUUCCAUCAGAAGUACCGGUUCAGCUACGUCUGUGACCAGCCAAGGUGAGCGGAAGAGAAGGACGCUUCCACAACUUCCCAAGGAGGAGAAAAUGAGUGAAAGCUCCAGAACAAAAACUGCAUCUCAUCAGAGAUCAGAAAUAGGUGAAAAGCAGGACACUGAACUUCAAGAGAAAGAAACUCCAGCUCGUGCCUCAGAUACUGACAGCAGAAGUAUAGCUAAGUCAAGCAGAACUGUGAAUGGUCUUUCACCCAAAGCAACGGGAGAAAAGGUUUUCUCUUUCCCUAGUUCUUCCAGUAAAGAGAGAGCUGAAACUGGCAGAGAAACUUCUGUGGUGAAACAAGCUCUAGUGAAAAUUCAACAAGAACGAAAGGAGCAAGGACACUGGACACCCACAAAAUCUGCUACAAACCUAGUUGAGAAAGAUAAGGAGGAGAUUGCUGUGUCACGCAAAACUUUGGAUAAUCAGGACAAAGCUCCUGGACAUGAUAAAGCAGCAAUGAAGCUAGCACAAAGUGAGGGAAAAAGAAGAAGAAAUGAGGAAAGUAUUAAAGGACAAAGUCCUAAAGCAUCAGGAGAAAAAAAGGAAUCUUCAAAACCUUUGGUGAGGCAAGGCAGCUUUACUAUAGAUAAGCCUAGCACAAAUAUACCAAUAGAGCUUAUUCCUCACAUUAAUAAGCAAAGCGGAUCUGCUGCCCCCUUAGCAUCUGCAAACAGAAUACGUGACAGAAGUGAUUCAAUGGACACUGAUUCCAGUCUAGAUACAACACUCAUUUUAAAAGACACUGAAGCUGUAAUGGCUUUCCUUGAAGCUAAACUGCGUGAGGAGAAUAAAACUGAUGAAGGUCCUGAGACUCCUAGCUAUAACAGAGAUAAUUCCAUAUCACCAGAAUCAGAUGUAGAUACAGCCAGCACAAUCAGUCUUGUUACUGGUGACAGUGAAAGGAAAUCCACACAAAAACGAAAGAGCUUUACAACCUUAUAUAAAGAUAGAUGUUCCUCUGGUUCCCCUUCUAAGGAUGUUGUAAAAUCCUCUGCAGCAAGUGCCAGAGAAAAGAUGGAAAAGAAAACUAAAAGUCGAUCGUCAGAUGGUGGAUCUAGAGCUGAUGCUCGCAAAUCUGUGCAAUCCAGUGGAAGAAUGAGACAACCAUCAGUAGACUUGACAGAUGAUGACCAAACAUCUAGCGUACCUCAUUCUGCCAUUUCCGAUAUCUUAUCAUCUGACCAGGAAACCUACUCUGGCAAAUCACAUGGAAGAGUUCCUUUUGCCUCAGCAGAUGAACUUUUGCAUUCUAAAAUGGAAGGAAAGUCAGCUAAAUCAAAAAGCUCUCCUGUCGUACUCGGACAAUCUAGUAAAUCUACCACUCUUCCAAGACCUCGUCCUACAAGGACUUCUCUCCUGCGCAGAGCACGACUUGGUGAAGCCUCAGACAGCGAGCUUGCUGAUGCCGAUAAAGCUUCAGUCGCUUCUGAAGUGUCCACUACAAGUUCUACGUCAAAACCUCCAUCAGGGAGGAGGAGUAUUUCCAGAAUAGACUUACUUGCUCAACCCCGCAGAACUCGACUUGGCUCUUUAUCAGCACGUAGUGAUUCUGAAGCGACAAUAACCAGAAGCACUGCUUCAUCUCGUACUCCAGAAGCUAUUAUCAGAAGUGCAAGGCUGACAUUAGCAGGAGAAAGUAAAGUUUCUGCCAGAACUCGAGCCAAUAGCAUUUCUCGACUUUCAGAUUCAAAAUCCAAAUCUUUGGCUUCAGCUCAUAAUUCUCCCUCAGUAAGUGCAAGAUGGAGGCGCUUUCCUACAGAUUAUGCUUCCACCUCAGAAGAUGAAUUUGGAUCAAACCGUAAUUCUCCUAAACAUACCCGUCUACGUACCUCUCCAGCCCUGAAAACCACACGACUGCAGAGCACGGGGACAGCAACUCAAAGUAGCAAUGCUUUCAAGCACAGAAUAAAAGAACAGGAAGAUUACAUACGUGAUUGGACUGCUCACCGAGAAGAAAUAGCAAGGAUCAGUCAAGAUCUGGCUCUCAUCGCACGGGAAAUCAACGAUGUAGCGGGAGAAAUAGAUUCAGUGACUUCAUCAGGCACUGCCCCCAGUACCACAGUAAGCACUGCUGCCACCACCCCUGGCUCUGCCAUAGACACUAGAGAAGAGGUAGGAGAUCUUCAUGGAGAAAUGCAUAAGUUGGUUGACCGAGUAUUUGAUGAAAGUCUCAAUUUUAGAAAAAUCCCUCCACUAGUGCACGCCAAACCACCAGAGGGGAACGGUCAGCCUAAUGAUGCCAGACCUCAGCUGCCAGAUGCCAUGGAUCCCCCAACAAUUACCCGAAGAAGGACUUGGAGCAGAGAUGAAGUUAUGGGGGAUAGUUUGCUGUUGUCCUCAGUCUUCCAGUUUUCUCGCAAAAUAAGACAAUCCAUAGACAAAACAGCUGGCAAAAUCAGAAUAUUAUUUAAGGACAAAGACAGAAAUUGGGAUGAAAUUGAAAACAAGUUACGAGCAGAAAGUGAAGUUCCUAUUGUGAAAACAUCAAGUAUGGAAAUAUCAUCAAUCUUACAGGAACUAAAACGAGUUGAGAAACAGCUCCAAGCUAUUAAUGCUAUGAUUGACCCCGAUGGCACCUUGGAUGCUCUGAGCAACUUGGGAUUUGCCGGCCCCAUCGUGCCAGCUCAGCCGAAGCAGAAGGCCAGUCCUGUUUCCCAGAGCGCCCGUCCCCAGGUGCAGCCAAACUGCCAGCCCGAGGCGCGGGCUGCCCGCCCUGCUGCCGGCCCUGCUGCCGCUGAACUGGGGGCUGCUGAAUCCGAGCCAGAUUUCAGCAUACAUUUCAGUAGGUUUAACCCAGACGGCGAAGAGGAAGAUGCCACUGUGCGUGAAUGACAUCUCGCUGUUGGUAAUAACACCCUUUGUGUGGAAUGUCUAGAAAUGGAAGGAUUACAAUCUCGGUUUUAUAAUUAAAAAAAAAACAAAACAAAAAGGCUUGGUCAAACAGCAGUUGUUUUAUUAAACCAGUUUUCUUUAACUGUGAUUCUUUGCUUGUCACACAAAUCCUUUUCAAAUCAUAAGGACGUGCAUAGAUACAAGUGUAGGAAAGCAGACUGUGGCAGAUUUGCCCUUUGUGGUUGUGCGCUUUGCAAAGAAAUUAUUAUAUCGGCAGUUUUCCCUUAACAGAUUAAUUUCUUUUUAAAAGCCAUGUGAGCAGUCUAACAUUUAAUGUUACUGAAACCCCAAAAUCUCUUUGCCAAGCUACUCUAUUUAAUGGAUCUCCUCCUCUAAAGUUUGUACAGAACUGUUGAACAGUUGCAUUCGAUUCUGAUUUAGAUGAUUUAUAUAGGAAACGUUAUCUUUGGCUACAGUGACACAUUACUGCAAAAGGUAAGAAGGAUUUCAGAAAGCAUUCGUUCUUGUGUGCCGAGAAUCUCAAACAGUUCUGUGUUUCGUAUGACCUUGUUGCUGCGUAAAUUGUCUUGGGGUUUACAAACUUCACGUAUUAUGUUUGCACUAAGAUUUGCUGGGAGUGGUAGGUGAACAUAUCGAUGUCAUUAAACAGCAAACGGUGUUUUGGUGUACUUAGAAAACUGAUAAUACCAUACUUGUAUUAACACUGCAGUGUUUUAAUCCGCUUUCUGAAAGGAUUAUUUGGCACUUUUUGAUCUUCAAAUGUCUUUUUGAUGUUCAUAAAAGUACAAGUAUCUCAUAUCUCAUUUCUGCCCAAACGUUAGUUGAAACUAAAAAACAAAUUUAAUCAUACAGGUACAUGGGACAUUUUAAAGCAUAUUCAGGCAAAUGGGCUCUCAUCAAUUCAAAUACAACAUAAGCUUCUGAAAAAAAAAAAAAAAAAAAAAAAGACUAUUCCUUGAGAUAACGAUGAGAUGUAAAAUUUCCUUUGGGGAUUCGGACAUAGAAUUGUCAUAAUUUCCUUCAUCAAUACAUGCACUCCCAAGCAAAUGAUUUUAAUUUGCUUCUGUAUAUUUUCCUGUAGUCUUGCUAGUAAAACUGUCUCUGUCUUACAUAUUUAAAAGGAUUCUGGAAGAUGACUGCUAACGUAGACAUUUUGCUUAUACCACUGAAAAGCAAGUCUAUUUAAAGUUUCCUAUAUAAGCCUAUUUUCCUUAUAAGUUGUCCCAGUAACUUAACAUUUGGAAAUAAUAAUAAAAAUAAAAGUAAAUUACUUUGUAUUUCCAGAACACUGUAAUUUGGAGGAAUGUUAUUUCUGUUAAAUGUAACUAAUAGACUGGAAUUUUCCUAUGUUUGCAUCGGUCUCUAUAUAUUAAGGUUGAAGAUACAGUUUUGCAGCUUUUAUGAAAUGGUCUUUAAUAUUUCAGCAAUAAUCCUAUAUGACGUUUGUUUAAAAGAAAACUACUUUCUGUACACUUUUAAAUUGUACAGGCUUUCAGAAGUCAGUAAAAGUUGGACCAGUUAAUAAAAACGCAAAAACUUUUUUUGUAGAGAUGUAAAAACAAAACCACUAAUCUGUUGUAUAAUGGAUUUCAUAUUUUCUUUAAAAAAGAAUUAAAAGCAAACAGCCUUCACAUACGACUCAAUAUGCUCUACUCCAGCUAACUGUGGAAGCCUGAACUAAGCUAGUUUACAGAGGCUACAAGAAAAGUUUUAGAAGGUGCAGAAGGGCAAAAACAAAUAGAAACUAGAGCUAGGUAUUGAAACAGAGUGUACCAAACCAUCACCAUAAUUCCUUCUUUUGUUUAUUGCUUGGGAACAUAAUUUUUCUGCAGACUCAAGUGGGAAGUAGGAGAUGGCAAGGAUGGCUUGGAGGUGCAGGCUCUUCAUGCAGGAUUCUGUUUGUGUUCUUUCAGGCGUUUAUACCUUUCUGUUCUGUAAGAAGCAUUUUGCAUUACUAUGUUCUUAU